AUAGUUAAGUUUUUGUUCGUUCUUAAAACUUAACAAUCACUUGCCCUUCUUUCUAUAUCACCUCAUCAUCUUUAGCUCUCUUUCUCUCUCGUUCUCUCGGUUCAUCUUUUGAUAGUUCUGCUGGUUCUGACUGUAAUUAGAUUUAGAUAUUGGUAGGUUAUUGUAGAGGGAGAUAUCAGUAAUAGAAGAAAGAUGAGUUGGUGUGAUGAUUCAGAUGAUAACUACGAUCCCAAUCUUGAAAGAGCAUCCAACAUUGAUCAUCCAUCAAUUCAACUCAAAAACCAAUCCCAUUCAUGUGUCACGAGCGCUCCAGAUUCCAAGAUUAUCAUUGAAGCUCCCAUCGUCAUGACUUGUUCUUCUUGUGGACAAAAGAUCCAUCAACAAGACGAACAGGUUGGCAGCAUCAAAGAUUUACCAAGCUUACCGGCAGGAGUCAAGUUCGACCCGUCGGAUAAAGAGAUCCUUAUGCAUUUGGAGGCGAAGGUCUCAUCCGAUAAAAGAAAUCUUCAUCCGUUGAUCGAUGAAUUUAUACCUACGCUUGAAGGAGAGAAUGGAAUUUGUUAUACGCAUCCUGAGAAACUUCCUGGAGUAAGCAAAGACGGUCAAGUACGGCACUUCUUCCACCGGCCAUCUAAGGCUUACACUACCGGAACACGAAAACGUAGAAAAGUGCGCACAGAUGAGGAAGGCCACGAGACACGGUGGCACAAAACGGGCAAGACCCGACCCAUUUUGUCCCAAGCAGGAGUAGCCGGUUUCAAGAAAAUCCUAGUGCUCUACACGAACUAUGGUCGCCAGAAGAAGCCCGAGAAGACCAAUUGGGUGAUACAUCAGUAUCACUUAGGCCACAGCGAGGAUGAAAAAGACGGUGAACCAGUUCUUUCUAAAGUCUUUUACCAAACACAACCUAGGCAAUGCGGUGGUUCGACCGAACCUAAACCGAAGAGUCGGGUAAACCUAAACCGAUUUAGUUAUGAAAAUCAUGCCAGUUUUGGGUAUGAGCAUGAAGGAAAAAAUGAAGAGAACACGCAGGUGAUUCGUGAAGGAGAUGUGGCAUGUUCAUUUCUUAGUUUUACUUGUGACGCAAGUAAAGGUAAAGAAAGUUUUAUGAAGAAGAUAUGAAACAAAUAAUAUACAAAUGCAGGUACUUUGUGGAGUGAAGAUGGGGAAAAGAAUGAUGUGAGUGAGCGAGUAAAUACUCGUUGUGUGUAGGUGUUGGGUAUCUAUCGUAGUAAGUUAAUCUUAAAGUGUUGGUGAGAUCUUAGGUUUAACUUCUUUUUUGGGAUUAAAUUGGGGAAGUAACUUUAACCUCAAGACAUAUUACUAAUGAUCCUUGUUCUUAUAUUUUUGUUUUGCCUGAAUAGAUUCUGUUGAAAAUACUGUAAUAGAUCUUCUUUUCAUAUUAUUGAAACAAAAUUAAGAUAAUAAUAAAAUGAAAUUUCCUA